AUGCCUCAUUUUACUUCAAUACAUGCUGAGUUAGAUUUAUGGGAAUUAUUUUGGAAAAACCAGUCAAGUAUUCCCUCAACUGUUGCUGGUAUUUUAAAGUCCAUUGACAUGAGAGGUUUUCUAAAUAUAAGGACAGCAUUUAUAAUUUUAGGAACAGUUCCAAUAACAACUUGUGAAUGUGAAAGAAGUAUUUCAGAUGUACUUCAAUGUACCACAAAAACCACAUCAUGUGCACCCCAAAAACCACGUUGUAAAAUGAAACCAUCAUCUGCAUUACAUCUACGUAUAAACAAAUCAAGAAAUCUCAGUACUAAAGCUGAUGCCAUAGUGGCCAGAAAACACACAAAUGAUAAAAAUAAACAGUUAGAAGCUGCAAUAAAUUGGUGCAAAAAAUUUAAUGGAAGGGGACAAGCAGCAUUAAAGACAGGUUUGUUUCCCUUUAUUAAAGAUAUAGAGACAAUCAACAGGCGAUUAGAUGGAAAAGUGAUUAAUGGAAAAGAAAGAGAUUAUUGUACUAUACUUACAGAUGAUGAAGAAGCAUCUAUUGUGCGUUUUAUAAAAAAUAAGAACAGAUGUUUACAGGCAAUUAACAAACAGGACAUAACCAAAUUAAUUAUUAAUGUGCUUCGUGUGAGAGAUUACACUAAUACAAAAAUGAAAGGUGGACGGAAGUUUCAAAAGUUAUCAUUAAAUGCUCGAGCUGCUCUAGAAAAGGGAAAAUUGAGUCAAUCAUUUUGGCUUCGUUUUAAUGCUAAACAUAGCAGCCUUACAAUCAAACGCCAAGGGAGUGUCUCGAUAAACCGUGCACUUAAUUGUUCAAGAGAAAUGGCAUGUAAUCAUUUAGAUUCCCUUGCUAAAGAACUAGUAGAUGUUGGUAUUAUGAUAAAUGAAAAAAUGAUUGAAACAGGGGUUUGGAAUGGCACUGUUGAUACAUGCCGAAUAUUUAAUUGUGAUGAAACACCCCAGUUUAUUAAUUAUGGAAUUGAUGGUACCACUUCUGGAUUAUUUUAUGCUGGCAAAGGAGAUGCAUGUCAAAGAAUGUAUAGAGAAAACAGAGAAUGUGUCACAGUUCAACCAUUUGUUUCAUUUUCAGGCGACAUAUGUAUGUGUCAGGUAAUAUUUAAAUGUACUGGUAUUACUAGUUCUAUGGUUCCAACAGAAGCAGUAAAUAAAAUUCCCCAUUUGUUGGUCACAACUACAGAUAAUGGAGUAUCAACCCAUGAAUCUUUCUUGGCAGCAUUGAAAGAGUUUGAUGUCUACUUAAAUGAAAAAAAUGUUAAGCGACCCAUUGUCUUAUUAUCAGAUGGACAUAGCUCUAGACUAGACUUUGAUGUAUUAUCUUUUUUGGAGUCCAAAAGAAUUCAUCUUUUUCUUACUCCACCAGACACAACAGGAGUUACUCAACUUCUUGACCAAGUAAACAAGAACAUUCAUAGUGAGUAUCGUAAGCAAAAAGACUCUAUGUUUUCUGAUAUCUGUUCCUUAAACAAAGAAGCUUUUAUGUUAGUUUUAGCUAAUAUAUGGGACAAGUGGACAACCAAAGAAACGCUUGUAAAAUCUGCUAAAAGGGUUGGUGUUGCCGAAAAUGCAUUGAGUGUUGAUUUUAUGCAAAAAGACAAAUUCGAACGAGCAGAAAACUGUAUUGAACCAGAAAAACAGACUUCUCCACUAAUUUCUUCGCCGGAUAAAAGACGUGGUUCAGCAAAUUAUUGGAAAUCAAAAUUUGAACAAGCGAUGGAGUUGAUUGAUGAACUUCAUGAAAAGAGCAUUCAGCUGGAAGAAAUACCUGGUUUUAUGACAACCAAAAAUUUCUGGAUAAACUUUUUUUUUAACUUUUUCUUAGCGCACCCCAAAAACCGCAUGUUAAAAUGUAAUUUUUAA